ACGAGCACGAUCUGGUGAGUCGUCGAAAAAAACUCGGAGUACCCGAGGGGAGACCUUAAUUGGCUGACGGACAGGACGUCGUGUAGCAUCAACCUAGAAUGCAUAAGCUCAAAUGCAAAGAGAACUCUCAAUGAAAACAUCACUUACUGAGUUGUCGCGCUGGUCCGAAAGAAGGUCGUCGAGGCCGGCUCCUUUUAAUACAGCAGGAAUGUCCCAUGUAUAUACAUUCUUGUCAUCGCAGCCAGUGGCUAGUAGUUUUCCAUCUGAUGAAAAGGAAACGCUGUUCAUGAAAUUCGUAUGGUGGAGGGGCGAACUGAUGGGCUGGCCGUUGUCGAGGUUCCACAAUUGUGUUGUAUUGUCGGAUGAUGUACUUGCGAGAAUGGGGCCAUUCGGAGAUAUUGCAAUGGCAAAGACAGUGCCAGUGUGCCCAUCGAGUAAUGCGAUCUGUUUCCAGUUUGAAGUAUUCCAUGUCCUAAUCGAGCGAUCAGAUGACCCAGAUAUAAGUGUUUUUCGAUCCAAAGUCCAAGCCAAGCAAAACACAGGGCGCUUGUGCCCUUUGAGAGUAGCAACAAACCUUGCCUGUCUUCGCAUCCCAGAUUUUGACUGGGUGCUCGUUAUCAGGAACCGUGGGCUCGUCGCAUCCACCAGUUGCAAACAUGGUCAUGUCUGGCGAGUAGACGACUUUGUACACGUUUUUGUGCCCAGUCUUGAUUGGACCGAGGUUUGUCUCUCCCUUCUCCACGUCCCCACUCCUUUACAAUCCCAUCAAUGGAUCCGCUCACUACUCGCUGAACCAUCUCGACUCCAGCACACAGACCACACUGUUUUUGUAUGUCCCAUCCAUUUCGCGAUAACUUUGCCUGUGUCGAAUGUCCCACAAUCUCAUUCCGCCGUCCUCACUUCCGCUAACAACUUUCUUCUUCCCGUCCGGAGACAAUGCCAUCGUCCAUACUCCGCUAUCUCCGUCCCGCCAGUUGUUGCCUAUCUGUUUCCCGCUCUUCAGGUUCCAUAUCCGCAACGAACCGCCACUCGAACAGGACAUGAUCCGCUGUCCGUCUGGCAGAUGUAUGACGCCAGUGACCCAACCGGUGUGAACCUUCGAAUUUCUGACAGGGCUUUAUCGAUGUUGAUGUCUCUUGCGUCACAACAAUGGUGAAGACAUAAUCAACUACCGCGCAUCUUAACACCAAGACACAGUGGGCGUAUAGGUCAAGAGUGCAACUAGAAGUCUGAGC